UAUCCGAACUUUCUCCCACCACCACAUUUUUUGGAUAAGGAAAAAUGUCAAAUUAAAGAUAACAAAGAAAAGAAAGAACCACACCCCUCAACAGUUCCAUGGCUACCAUGUUCUCACCCUCAACCUUCUCCUCCACCACCGCCACCAACACCACCAUCACAUCUCCAAAACCAUCCCCAGCUCCACUACCCCCAAAAUCCCACCUCCCCAUCCCACCCUGCAAACCACUCCUAACUACCUUAACCACCACACUAACUGCCACCGCCGCUGCAGCAGCCAUCCUAACCGCCUCUCCACCCUCAUUAGCGGACCCCACAGCAACAACUUACCAAAUCUACUAUGGCACUGCUGCCAGCGCGGCCAACUAUGGCGGUUACGGUGGCAACUCCGACAAGAAGGCCUCCGCUGAGUAUGUCUAUGAUGUGCCAGAUGGAUGGAAAGAGCGUUUGGUAUCAAAAGUCGAAAAGGGUACAAAUGGGACUGAUAGCGAAUUUUAUAACCCGAAGAAGAAGUCAGAGAAAGAGUACUUGACAUUCCUUUCCGGGUUUAGGCAACUAGCACCGAAGGAUGUGGUGCUGAACAAUUUGGCUCUGUCAGAUGUGAACUUGCAGGACUUGCUAGCGAGCGCAGAUAAUGUGACAUCGGAGGAAAGAAAGGACGAGAAGGGACAGGUUUACUACGUGUAUGAGAUCGAUGGAGUUGCUACUCAUAGUUUGAUUUCAGUGACUUGUGCUCAGAACAAGCUGUAUGCACAUUUUGUCAAUGCACCAAUUACGGAGUGGAACCGUGACCACGACUUGUUGCAGCAUGUUCAUGAGUCCUUUAAAACUAUUGGAUCCUUUUAGCUUAUUACAUUUGAUGCCUUUUGUCAAUGUGGUUCUGUGUGCACAUUUGCAAUAUAUACAGAUUUUGAUCAUGAAAUAAAACGACGUUUGAUCGA